AAAUCCGGGUCCCCUGCGACCCCCGCUAAUUCAAUUUCGAUAGAAAGUACUCCGUUUACGAUAUCAAAUACUCCAUUCACAUCAACGGCAUUUAUUAUUGAGUUUGGGGCUGAUCUCAUUCCCUUGCCAAAGCUCUGCGGUGGGUAUAGGCACCCGAAAAUAGUUCUUGCAGAGUAUCAUGGGUCGCUCGCCGUUAUUUCGCAUGAAGAUGGAGGUGACUCUAAUUUUGAUGAUGGAGGUGACUCUAAUUUUGAUGAUGAUUAUUUGUGGUUCGAGAUUUGGAGUUGGUCUCACUUGUCCACGGUUCAUGUCCCUUCGGAAGAUCCUUAUACCGAGGUUGUGGGCCUCUACAAUAAUGACAAAGUGAUUCUUGUUUAUGAGGGUGCGAUUAAGCUUUACUAUUGUGGGACAUCCGAGUUGCAGAGUUUGGGUGUGAUAGAUGAUUAUAAGGAUGUCGAAGAAAAACACAUAAAUACAUCUAGA